AUGGCAACGCGCCGCAGAUACGACCCCGAUACCGAAGGCAUCCCCAUCACAGCAGGCAUGCCAUCAGGUACAAUACGCCCACCAACAUCCUCUGCGCGCCGUUCGCCCUUCCUCCCCACGCGCCUCGAAGCACAGCUACUAGCCAUCUACCCGGCAACGCUCCUCCUCGGCAGCAUCUUCAGCACCCUCUCGCCCGCUUCGCGAAGCGCCCCCUACUCGUCCGUCUCGCAAUCGCACCCGCCCGAGUUCGCGCCCAGCUACUUCGCCCAGAAGAAAAACGUCUUCAACGUAUACUUUGUGAAGGUGGGCUGGUUCUGGACCACUCUCGCUUUCGCCUUCUUCAUAACCUUCCACCCGGGCUUUGGGCAAGGUGUUAGUACAAGAAGGGUCAGAGCUUUGCUGAGAUAUGCAGCCGUGACGACCUGGUGGGUGUUUGUCACGCAGUGGUUCUUCGGGCCGCCGUUGAUCGACACCAUGUUCCGGUUUACGGGUGGCCAAUGCGAGUUGCUUAGAGACCCAGAGGCGAGGGAGGGCAUGAGCGAGACGAGAGAGUUCAUCACGGGCGCGACGUGUAAGGCUGUCGGUGGGACGUGGAAAGGUGGUCAUGAUAUUUCAGGUCACGUUUUCCUGCUCAUCAUGGGCUCGUCGCUACUCUGGCUCGAGUUUCUGCCCGCCCUCACGCGCGUCGAAGGUCUACGUGACGGACGAUUAAUUACGCUAUCGGACGGCAAGACGGCGACUGUCGCGGUGGAGAAGGAAGCGCAUAAGGAAGGGGCCGACGCGACGGCUAGGGGCGUUAAGUUUGCGCUUAGUGUGGCCGCACUCAUGUGGUGGAUGUUGCUUAUGACGGCUGCUUACUUCCAUACCUGGUUUGAGAAGUUCACGGGACUCGCGGUUGCGUUUGUAGGGCUGUGGUGCGUCUACUUCCUCCCGAGGGGUGUACCGCAGCUUAGGGCAUGGUUGGGUAUGCCUGGUGUAUGA